AAAAGAAAAAAAGUUUUCUCGUGUUUCCCUUCUUCCCCCUUCUUCUUUUCCUCAUCGUCUUCGUUUUCUUCUGCUUCUUCAGACAGACAGAGAAUGAAUCGUUAUCAGUGACGAACUGUGAUCUUCCCAUCAAGAACAACACGAAGAACAUAAUCCACAUCGUUGUCUUUCUUGCUUUCUAUCUUGAACCAGAUACUUUCCUACUUGCUUCCCGUGAUCCAAUAUCUCGAACGAAAAAAUAACCACACCUCCAAGCGAAACCGUGGUAUAUGCGUAUAUGUGCAUACCCGGUCAAGUAUCCAUGAAACGACGCGAGUCAUUCUGCACGUCGGAGUUACCGUGUUUCGUGGAAUCGCUGGAUAGUUUCUUUUGCGUCUCCCGGACGGGUGGAAACAUCAUGGGUCCGGAGAUUCGUCGGACGAGGUCGGCGGACCCGGUUUUGCCGUGUCUGCCGCAGGUGGAUGGGUCGGCGGAGAAGCGCAAGGUCAAGAAGGGGAAGGCGAAGAAGAAGAGUAAUAAGAAGGGGAAGAGUAAGAAUAAGGGGAAGAGUGCUGUUGUUGUUGCUGGUGGUGGUGGUAGCGGUGGGGGUGGGAGUGGGGUUGAGGAGGGGGUAGUGGUGGUUGAGGUGGUGCAGACGGAGGAGGUGACCGUGCUGACUGAGGAUGGACGUGGUGGUGAGGAUGUUGGGACUGCUGGUAAUGGUGAUGGCGAUGCUGGUGAUGCUGGUGUGAUGGUUGAGGAGGAGGUGAAGGAGAGUAAGGGGUCGCCUCCGUCUUAUGCCAGUGUCGCUGGGGAUGAGAUCGUCGAUGAGAAGACCGCACCAGAGUCUCCGGGUAGAACUCCCUCCGCGACUCAGGCUGCUUGCCUGAAGGAGCGCAUCUUGGCGGCGUUGAGUAUCUCUCGGGAUGGACCUCAGUCUCAGCGCCGGGUGAGCUCUCCGAGUGAUCAGGCUGGCCCGUCUGGUGUGAAGGGGGCUCGGGGUGAUGUCGAGGAAUCGUCUCCUAGGGUUCAGUCCGGCGGUAGUAGUAUCGACAAUGACCGGCCCGCUGACAAUGCGAGUGUCGGAGAGCACGCUGCCGCCGAUGAAAACCAUACCGCCAGCAAUCCAAACCCGGAUCCCUUUGCCUCGCACGCAGACGACUCUUCGGAAGGCACGGUUCACAUCACGGGUGCCGGUGACGACAAGGGCUACUCCCAUUUCACGGCCUAUGACCGAGAGGCCCUGCUUUUCUGUCACGUCCACGGACGGCAACUCUGUCGCUUUGACCCUAGCUGCUGCGUGCAUAGGCCAUUGGCUGACUGCGGCUGUCCUCCGAGACAGUCAUGCUGCUGUCUACACCAUAAUGGCGAUUGCUGCAGUUGCUUGACGACUCGCGAGGAUGGUCCUGCUAGAAGCGGUGUUGAGACGCCCAGUCACACUGGUCAGGCUGUCGGAGACGGUGAUGUGGUUGCGGAAAGCAACACUGCGGGUGCAAAGAAGAACAUGGAUGACAAGUUCAUCGGCGUGGACACACUCUCAACGCACUUCCUCCAGCUGUAUGAGAAGCGUGAUCUCUGCGAUUUUCAUAUCCUGCUGAAGUCGAGCAACGGGAUGUUCCAGCCAGUCAUGAUCCCUGUUCACGUCGCCGUCCUCGCCCGCAGUCCGUUCAUCUCUGCGCUUCUGCAAACUCCGAUUUACCGACAGGGACACCGCGAGAUUGUGGCCGUGCUCGGCGAUCAGGUCAACCUAAUUCACGGCUUCGAACACGCGGUGCGGAACUUGUACGGGUCACCUCUUCUGCAAGGUGAGCGGCUGCGGUCUGCGGCCCUGGCCGUGCUGGGGUACGCCGAAGAAAGCCAAGGAAUGUAUCCAUUCCCAAUCAACAUCGCCAUGAUUGAUCUAGCCUUCUCGUACGCCGCGUCGGGGGCCUUCCUACAAGUGAACAGCAUUCUCGAAGCUGGUGUCCGGAUGGCGUUGAAUCUCGUGGACUGGGACACCGUGGAACCGAUCUUUCACUUUGGCCUCUGCGUCGACGACUUCUCGAUCUUCCUCGAGGGCACGGUCACGCCUCCGGACCCCGUGCCCGACAAUCAAAGACACAUCUCGACUCGAAGCCGGGAACUCAGAGAAAUCUGGGCUCCCCUCCUGGUCCGGGCUGCGCUGAGUUUCAUUGUCGACAACAUCGAUCCUCAGUUCGUCUUGUACCCCCACGCACUGAGCAUGUGCAUCCCCAAUCGUAUCCCGGAGUAUCUGACCGGUGCUGCCGGGAUCGCUCCGAAAAGCGUCCGAUCAGUACCGAACAAUCUGCCCAGGCGCGAGGUCGUGAUCACGUCGAGUGUCUUGCUCAAUCUCCCCUACAUACAGCUGAAAGAGGUCUUUCGGGUGUUGGCUGCACGUCGGGUAUUAUCGAACGACCUUGCCCAGGCGAUCAUUGUCGAACGGGAGGCGCGCCGCCUGCAAGGCCUGCGAGCGCUGGCUAGGCAGGGCGAUAUCCCCGACCCCGAAAUACCCAGAGAGGUCAGGGAACUGGGUCAUCAGGAGCUGCUCGUGUCUCGCAGUGUCUACUCCGAAACCCAGGGCCCAGGGACCGUGACGAUGGAGAUCACCCUGGAGAGAGAGUGGACUGGGUUGGUGGUGUCCGAUACUCUCAGCCACACCCUCUCGCCCAAGUGAGAUGGAAGAGAGGGUGUGGACACUCCGACUCUGUGUUGUUUGACUCUGAUGUGAUGCUGUGAAGGUGAUGGAAUUUA